AUGGAGAGGUCACCGCUGGUGUUCUCGACUGCAGCUAAGCCAUCAAUAACCAUGAAGCAAGAGUUAAUGGAAGGCAACCGAUCAGGGAAUAUGAUCGAGAUGAUGGUGAAGUCUUAUGAGCAGAUGCUCGAGAGAAGGCGGCUCUUCUAUUGUCCAAGUUCUAUUCGCGACAUUCUCGGCGGAACAGAGCCCACGAUGAGACCUGCAUGUUAUUUUGGUGAGCGAGUUAGACGUGAUCGCCUGCGAGUUGAUAUUGCGUUGUUAGUGGAAUUUCUGAAUUCCAUCUCUCCAUUUCCACUUUUGGAUUUGGAUGACAAGGUUGCCCUCAUGAAACGUUUUUCCGUUUCGAUAUUUCACAGCGACGGGACCUACUCGGAUCUCAAUGAUCCGGAUUCAAUAGCAAAGGAAGCUAAUAAAGUUUCGGGUGGAGGUGUAGACAAAGAAACCUUGAACAAGCUUUUCGUCCAGACGUUGAAAGAUUUUUUGCUGGAGUUAUCCGUACCUAUGUACCACAAUAAAAUGACUGAUGUGGAAUUUUGCGCUUUGAACGCCAUAUUGCUUUUUGAUCCA